GCACAGACAACAGGACCGUAGUGAGGUGGAAGGAGUGACUGAGAUGGCAGAUUUGUCGUUGUAUUUGACGAAUGUCAACGUUUCACUGGGACAAACUAUGGAAACUGAUAAGAGUCCAGGAGGGGCGACCGACUUUGAGACGGUGGAGAUGGGAAACUCUGCGGGGAGAAAGGCGAAGGUGCCCCGCAGGACCAUCUACUUUGCCAGUGGAGAGACCAUGGAGGAGUACAGCACCGAUGAAGAGGAGGAAGAGGAGCAGCCUGCGAAGAAAGAUAUCGUUACUGUAGAUUCGUCCAAACUGACCUGGGGUCCAUAUGUCUGGUUCCACAUGUGGAGAAUGGCCACCUCCACUAUCUCAGUGUGUGACUACAUGGGAGAGAGACUGGCCUCUCUGUUCGGCAUCACAACUCCUAAAUAUCAGUAUGCCAUCGAUGAGUACUACCGUAUGAAGAAAGAGGAGGAAGAGGAAGAGGAGGAGAACCGUCUGGCUGACAUGGCGGAACGUCACUUUGUGGAGCAGCGGAGAGCUGAGCAGGAUGAUCCUCGUCCUGCAACUGUGGAGCAGCCAGAAGCGCGCGGAGCUUCCUUUGUAAAUAUCAGCUUUGACCUCGAACCUGAGUCUCCUCUCAACACUCCGGACACCAACAGAGUCCCUUCUCCACUCCCCUCCUGAAAACUGACACUCGCAGGCAAACCACUAACAUUCACACAUUUCAAUCAGUUGGCAAAACACUAGUUUACUUAGCUGUAUAGAUUAAUAAUAUAGUUAUUUUUCUAUGAUUUGAUUUUAUAAAAGGAGAUCUUAGUACACAGUGCAGGGAGAAAUUAAAAGGGCUGUGGAAGAGGCUGCACUGGCCUUUCUUCUGUAUUUAAAUUUGCGUAUAGCAUGAAUCAUAUGCAAGACUGAGACAUAGCAUUUAAUUAUUUGUUGACCAAACUGGGAAUCCAGUCAACUCCCUUCAAAUUGAGUUAGAGAAAGUGAAAUAAAUGCUGGACUGGGACACAGACGUCAAUCUCAGUUUUUCCGGUAAUGACAAACAUACGGACCACCCUGAACUGAGCCGAGGGCAGAACGUGAUCUGUGGGAUAAACAGCAGCAUCGAAGGACACAUGCCACAUCGGCCAUUCAGUUGUUGAUCCUGCUGCUGUAUAUAUGCAAAGUAAGACAGAUUUGUAAUGGAGUGACCUGAUACCGGCACUCUCAAGCCAUGUCUGCUCUCAGUCUCUUCCUGUGCGUCUUGUCUGUUUUGUGAUAGAGCUGCAUAGUUUUUGACUUCCAGGCUGUAAAGACAAACAGGUAGUAAUGACAUCAGUAGCCAGAACUGGUGUAGAUUACUGGGAACUUGUUGUUCUCUCCAGUUCAUCCUGUCAUUGCUACACUAUCCCUACCCAGCUAAUUUGAUAGGUUCCAUUUAUUAAUCGCCAGUUUGACCACAAUCUCCUAACAUCUUGUUUCCCUCCAGAGCAUAAGAUCUGCCUGCUCAGAUGUUUUAAAAUAUAUCCUUUAGCAGCACCUGUUAACUUCCCUUUGAGGCCCUUCUGUAGUACAAGUGAAACUGUCUAGUAGAUCUGACCAGAGCCUGACUCCAGCUGUCCCUGCUAGGAUAUGGGGCAGUAGACUCGAGUCAGUCACAGGCUCCAUGUGCGUAGUGUAUUGAUAGACUUGAAAAACCUCCUGUGCACUUUACUGUCUUUUAAGGUGAAGUUUGCUACUGUUUCUUAAGAGGUGUCACAGCACCACUCAGGUACUGUGGUGGAGGUUCAUUAACAGCAUUGAGAUUUGGAGACAGGCAAGAAGCAGCAGUUUGUUGACUUCAACACUGGCCUCAGAGAAAUGAUCGACUGUCUUUGCUUUCUGCUUGUCACAAUGUAAAAAAUAUGUUUCUGCCAUGAAUGAUGCUUAAAUCAGCUGGCAAACAAACAGCUCGAAGUAGUACUAAUGUUUGCUCUUGGAAAUGCCAAAAGUGCUCAUUUUUCUAGAUGAUUUAAUAUAAAUGUAGUGCAAAACCUUUGAAAGUCUGCUUGUACUCAAAUGUAUCGACGACUGUUGAUUUACUGUACAUUGAGGAGAAAGUUUGGCCACAAACAGCGCUCCUACAUUAACAUUUCUGUGGAAGGGUCAUUCUUUAAGUGUCCUUGUGGAAUGGUUUCAUAUGAGUGUGUGGCUGUGCAGCAGGCCUAAUGCGGAGACUGAGCUGUCAUAAGCUUCUUAUUUGUUAUUUUUAUCCACUGAUAUGGUUGUGUGGUGUGGUGGCAGAUCAGAUGCAGAGAAACUACACACACCUCUUCUGAAAAUGGACAAAGUGAAAUGCCAACAUUAUCGGACUGUAAAGUGUAUGGUAUGUUAAUAAUACUUUGUGGAUAAAUAUUUUUUCACUGCAUGAGUUGAUGAAGGAUAUUAUUCAUGCUUUUUUUAUGUGCAAAAAGGGCCAACAUAUGCAAAAGUUUUGGUUAUUUUAAAAAUGUUUUAAUGAAUCUGUGUAUGCAUAUUUAUAUUUUCUGUGUUAAUAAAACCUUUAAACAUU